AUGUCCAAGAUCUGUUUGUAUAACUCCCUCCAUGGCGCCUUAAUGCAUACUACCGGCCAUGGGGAACUGUGGAUGGACUGGGACAGCACUUACAAGUUUUCCCAGUAUGGCUGGAGGUGCACCACCAAUGAAAAUGAUUACUCAACAAAAACCCUUAUAGGGAACUGGAAUGAAGAGCAAUACGAUAUCCAGAGAAUUGUGCAGCCCAAGCCACCUCCUUCCCAGUACACUCACUGCUUUGAAACAACAUACGCUUCAGAUUACAACAAGGGAAAGCAUCAGGGAAUAAAAAGAUUUGAAUGAGAACCUCAUUGGUUUCUGGGCCACCACCCUGAGUUGGAACCUCCUUCAUUCAACCCAACUGCUCAGUCCUGCUACACAAUAGACUACAGGCCUCCAUAUGCAGUUUUCUUUGCCUGUGUCCAACAGUCAGAGAAGGAACAAGAAGGAUGCAAGAAAUGUAACAGAGAUGGAAAGAAUCUGAACACUAUGCCUUCAGAAAAACAGGAGGCCUCUCUGCCGGCAAGGUGA